AAUCUACCCAGCACUGGUGUUCUAUAAUUCUGUCUGUAAGAGCUUUUGUAACCAAAAACUUAAAACUAACCUUUCAGAGAACGCUGCAGUGAGGUUUUAUUUUUUAAUUAUUUUUUGUUUUGGCGACAACAUAAAGUGAACCUAUAAUCUAGGCUAUAUACAGAACCUUUCCUACAGGUUAUUUUAAAGUAAACACAUUUUUCAUAACCAUGAACUACAUUUUGCUAAAUUACAUGACUAAUUAGUGUAAAAAAAAAAAAACAUUAAUCAGGUUGGUAUAAAACAGUAUAUAAUCUCACAGGGAGUCAUAUAUUCGUGACUGAGAUUAAAAUCUGCUCCGCACAGAAACAAAUCAAUUAAAGCGUCUGGAUCCACAGAUAAAAGAUUGUUGCGCUUGCGUCAAUUAACGCGCGUGACUCCACCAAUCAGAUGCGCCGUUAGGGCGCCCUCACGUAGUGCCCAAAGCAAACUGAUUGAUUUACGCAAAGUGUCCAGAUUCACAUCUCCAAUGUUAGACGUGUGAGUGGUUAAUACUGAUGAAGUGGAUGGAUCUCCGAAUAUCUCGCUCUAACACAAUUGGGUUGAAUAAAAGAUCUUUUGCCGAUCGAGAUAACUUCAUAAGAGUGUAUCUUUGAUGUUGUUCUCACACAAGGGGAUAUAUUCUGUAAGAGAUGGCUAUUAACACGGACGCGCCUCACGCGACACACGCCCUGGGCGAGAGAGCCGCGCUGCACUCCACCGAUUUUAGAGAUACUCAGAAACUUCUUGACAUCUCAGGCAAAGAGCUGAAAAGAGAAUUAAACCGCUCACCUUCGGAUACAAUCCUCGUUAAGUAUCUCGAGGCGGAACAGACUGUGGUUAACGACGCUUCGGAGCCCCGCUCUCCGUCGCGUCUCAGUUUCAGACGCGCGUUGUCGCCCGAGCCCGGAGAACGCGAGCCGCGUAGCUUCAUGUGGGUGGCCGUGCUCUCCUGCUUCUGUCCGGCCGUUCCCAUAAACCUGUUCGCGCUUUAUUUCGCUCAUGUGUCUCGGUCCAUGAUACAAGUAAAAGAUUAUGAAGGAGCCAGAAGAGUUGGGCGUCUAGCUUUGUUGCUUAGUAUCGUUUCCAUUGUUGUGGGUCUAGCAAUAAUCCUUUAUCUGUUGAUGACAGAGUAUAAAUAGUUGGAUAUCCUAGAAAAUUGUGAGCAUUGACGUAAACGGGUAAAGAGAUGAAAACAAAGAAGACGGAUGAUAAAUGCCAUGUGAAAAAAGGGCUAGAAUAUCAGUUUAUAUUAUGCACAGUGUUAAAUUUGUUUCAUUCAUUCAUCCAUUCUUUCAUUCAAGGACCUGUUUAUUGAACUUUUUUUUCUAAACCAUCUUGAUGCCUUUCUGUUGCUGUCUUCGGGGUUUAAGGUAGCUUUUGCUUUAUCCAACAAUGCAUUGAUGACUUGUGACUUUUUGGAUUACUUUUUUGUCUUUUUAAAAUUAUAAUCUACAUGAAAUAUUACAAUCAACUGUUCAAAGAAAACAUAUUCUUAUGCCAAGUGAAGUCUAUAAUUGUUUUUUAUCGAUAUUACAGUACAAGUGCAUUAUAUCAUGCUAAUGAAUUACCUGUUGCAAUAACAAGAAUAUGACUUCUGUUCUGAGAAUGAGAAUUUGUUGUUAUUAUUUAUUUUUCUUGCAACUUAAUAAACUUUUAAUAAUG